CGGCGGCGGCAGCGGCAGCAGAGGAGGCGGAGACGGCUGGCAGGCGGCGGCCAGGCGAGCGCGGCGGCCGGACCCGGGCCAUGGCGCCCGUGCAGCGCCCGCUGCUGCCUGUGCUACUUCUGCUGCUCCUGCCGCCGCCGCCGCCGCUGCCCUUAGCGCGCGCUGAGGACGCCUCCCGAGCCAACUCGGACCGCUACGCAGUCUACUGGAACCGCAGCAACCCCAGGUUCCACGCGGGUGCGGCGGACGACCGCGGGGGCUACACGGUGGAGGUGAGCAUCAACGACUACCUGGACAUCUACUGCCCGCACUACGGGGCGCCGCUGCCGCCGGCCGAGCGCAUGGAGCACUACGUGCUGUACAUGGUCAACGGGGAGGGCCACGCCUCCUGCGACCACCGGCAGCGCGGCUUCAAGCGCUGGGAGUGCAACCGGCCCGCAGCGCCCGGGGGGCCGCUCAAGUUCUCCGAGAAGUUCCAGCUCUUCACGCCCUUCUCGCUGGGCUUCGAGUUCCGCCCGGGCCACGAGUAUUACUACAUCUCUGCCACACCACCCAAUGCUGUUGACCGGCCCUGCCUUCGGCUAAAGGUUUAUGUGCGGCCAACCAACGAGACCCUGUAUGAGGCCCCUGAGCCCAUCUUCACCAGCAAUAAUUCGUGCAGUAGCCUGGGCAGCUGUCAGCUCUUCCUCAGCACUGUCCCAGUGCUCUGGACCCUCUUGGGCUCCUAGUUCUGGCCCACAUGAUGCCGGCCCCACCUGGACGACCGAAUCCAAGACCAAAUAGAGACGCCUGGCUCUCCCUCGCCUGGUGCUGCCCCCACCUACAGGGGGGUGUCUACCUGCUCCGGAACCAGCCCCAAUGACAGGGGACAGCCAACAGCCCCUGAUGCCCGAGGGGCUGGGCAUCAGUACAGCCCCUGGCCAGCCCAUCUCAUCAGGGGCACUGGAGAACCUGAGAAACUUAUCAGUGAUGUUGGUUUUUUUGUUUGUUUGUUUAUUUUUCAUGGUUGGAUCAGAAAGGCUUGAAUUUUUUAUUUAAUUUAUUCCUUGCUGUCGCCAGUGACUUUGAAAGGAAACACAUUAGUUUGGGGGGGGGAGGUCCUUGGCUCCCUGGGGGAUGGGGAUGGGUAACCCCUAGUCUGGGUGCUCCAUUUGUUGGGUCCUGGCUGGAGACCACUGCAGUCCCCCCAGAUGCUCCAGGAUAGGCCAGUAUGAGGCAGAAGGGUAAAGGUGAGACCCCUGGAUUCUGGCCUAGGACUCUGAACCCACCUCAGAUUCUCGUCCCCUCAGCCCCACUCUCCUCACGCCUGGUGAUUGCCUCCCAGAGUGGAAACCCACGCUGUUUCACCAGAGGCCCCUGGAGUUCCCGCCCACUCCGGAUCACAGCUCCCUACUGUGUUCCACAGCCUCUCGUGAUCACCCCUGAGCCCAAGAAGACCUUACAUCUCUGUAAAUAGAGCCAGGAAGUAUAUACUGUGGUUUAUUUUUACUGUAUUCCUGAGGACGAACUGGACAGUUUCUUUUCCCCCUCACAUCUUCAGGAGGAUCUUUUAAUUUGGUGGGAGGGUGGGUGGACUUUUUAGAGUAGAAGCCACACUUUGCAAUAAGCUUGUUCGUCUGUCAGAGCCCUCUUCCUCUACUCUGUGACUAAUAAUGUUUAUAAGAAAAAAGAAAACAGGACACAACAAAAUGGGGGGGGGUGGACCUGCCAAAAAGAAACCCCCCUCCCAAAGACACUUGAAUGAAGCAAACAGCGCAUUUAUACAGAUUUCAUAUUUCUACCCACCUUUCCUGAUCUGUGUUUUAUAUAUAUUCUAUAAAAAUAUAUAUGGUGCACAGCUGCUGGGAGACCGCCGGCGUGCCAGCUGGGGGGCCUUUUGUAGGGGUUGGCGUGGGUGGUGGUGUUGCCACGCCUGGAGCUGGCGACGGGGCCUCCCCCCUCCCGUCACAAUCAACUUUGGAUUCUGUAUUUUUUAAUAAUAAAAUAAGCAUAAA